UGGUCCUCAAAUUGUUUUCGACGAUCUGAUCAGUUUGAACAAAGGGGCCCAACGCCAUUGUCAUUUCCAUGUUGCUAGGCGUAGAAAUCAUCUCCGCAUAACUCUUUGUAUUUUAAUUUUUGUGCGUUAGUUCUUGUCCUAUCAUUACUUUCAAAUAGAUUUUAUAAAAUGAAUAUAGAAGAGCUCCCGGAUGAGAUAUUGUGCCGUAUUUUUCAAUACUUGGAUCGGUACGAUCGUCGAGCGGCGAUGCUCGUAUGCAGCCGUUGGGAUCUAAUAGGUUUCGGAACAGGUGCGAACGUAGUGCUCAAGAUCUAUGUCUGCGAGGAGGCCUAUCAAAGGUAUGAGAAUUUUGGCCUCAUGCGGUACAGCUACAAGGAAACGUUGGAAGCUCUGCUCAUCAGUGAUCGAGUAUAUCAACAUAUUUCGCUCAUUUGGGAUACAGAGAAAAGAAAUCAAAAAACCAUACUGAACAUUUUGAGUCGCUUCAGUCCAACUGUUUACACCUUGGAGAUGCACUCAUGUGGAUGCGAAACAGAUCUGAGGUGGGUGGCAAGUGUCUUGGGGAUGCUUCCGAAUUUAAAAGAAUUGAAUAUGAACGGCGUUUUCAUCGAUGAAGAAACGUUUAGGCGCAUCGAUAUGAAUCCAAUGUACUACCUUCAUACGCUACAGGACAAACAGCAAAUUUCAGCAUUCGUUUAUAAUGCACCGGAUGUAUUCGCCUGUGUCACCACACUGUACGUUAGGAUAACGAAGGACAUCCCCUUAUUAGAGUUGCUUAACGGACUAAGCCCUCAGCUGGUGCAUUUGACGGUAUAUAUGACACCAAAACUGUUCGAGCAGUAUUCUGAAGAAGAAUUCCCCUCGCUGGAAACACUCGAGAUAUUUUCUCUUGAUGAAAAGGUAGAUAAGUCCAUAGAACUCCUUGCACAGAUUGUGCUUAGAGCUCCGAAGCUGAAACGCCUGAAGUUGCUAGCAAGAAAUGAUAUUUCUGUGCUAUCGCAUUUGGAGCCACUUUAUGGGACUCUAGAGAAACUCGCAAUCUACGUUGACACGUUGAACCCCGCGCUGCUUGAAAUGAUCGAAAAGUUUGAGAAGCUAGAGCAUCUUUGGUUACGCGGCAUACCUCUGGUGAAUUUCAAAGAGCCGAAUAACGGAUUACCGAUUCUGACGAGCGUUCGAGUGCUGGUGAUCGAGUCUUCGGAAACGGUGCCUUUUUGUGACGAAUUUUAUCGCGAUUGUUUUCCAAACUUGAUAGAACUUCAGCUGCAGUUCGCAGAUCCCGAUGAUCACUGUCUGAAGAUUGUGGAGCAUAUUCCGACACUGAGGCGAUUGAUCAUCCGAAAUCCGUGGUACGGAACUGAUCUCCAGCAUUUUGUGGAAUUUUGCCGCAAGCUCAAGGCGCCAGAGUUUCACAUAACCUGUUUCAGUAUGUAUAAGGGACAAUGGCACUCUUCGCAGCCGGUUAGAGAGGCUAAGAAUCUAGAGAAACUCUGCAUCAAUGCGGCUAGUAUUGAGGUGGGCUUCUACGAACAGAUGAUGAAGUUGAUGCCGGCGCUUAAAGUGCUCCAGCUCGCCCUGAAAAAUGACUGCCCAGAUGAAACGGUGAGAACUCUGGUCGAUCAGUUCCCUCGUUGUAAAUUAGUGCGAGUGCUCCGGCCCGAUGCGUUAUUUUUGAGUGACACGGACUGAAGUGUUACCGGGAAAACUCUCUUACAUCAGCGAAACUUCAGCUACGGUCAUCGAUAUAUGUUUGCAUGUGAAUUGUGCUUAAUCUUAGAUCUGUAAUUUGUUUUAAUUAUGUUUAUAUGUUAAAUUGUUGGUCAUCAAAGUUUUAGGUAAGUGCGUUUCGUUAGAUUUUAUUAGUGUUCUAAAGCAUGUUUGUUAUGAUUUUAAACAGUGUCGUCUUAUUCAGAGUCACUCUUAGAUGUUAUAAUAAAAAGCGAAACUAGUUUGAUCAUCA